AUGUGGAACAACCUCCCCGAAGAUCUGUUAACUGAGGUGCUGCUGAGAUUCCCGGCAAACUCCCUCUGGGAGUUGAGGCGCGUUUCGAAAUCGUGGCAAUCUCUCAUUGAUAGCGAUGAUUUCAUUAAAUCGCACCUGAUUCGAUCGUCCCCACCCGUUAAAUUACUGUUCGAUGGUAAAAGCGCAAGCCUUGAACAAGGCACGCAAGCGUGCUGUUAUGCUACCGCGGAAUUCGAUUUACCCUCAAAGAUAGAAUCUACUCUCGAGAAGAUUGAUAUCCCAUUUCACAGAGUACUGUUUGCGAAGAACAAGGGAAAGGAGAUCACUGAAUUAAGAUUUCAAGGUUCUUACAAUGGGUUGAUUUGUAUGAGUUACCAAGUUGAACUCAAACUUGAGGCCCUGUUAUGGAAUCCAUGUAUUAACCAAUACUUUAUACUGCCUAAUUCCCCUGUUUCACUCUCCCACUACUAUGAUCCCGAGGAGGUAAGGAUGGACUAUCGUCACCAUAUUCAUAUAUGUUACGGAUUUGGAUAUGAUGAAACUCGUGAUGAUUACAAGGUGGUUAGAAUUGUUCAAUUCAGACGUAACAAGGUGAUGAAUGAUUAUGAUAAUAGCACCAGAAGUCUAGUCCAGAAAGAAGCUAAAAUUUAUAGCCUGAAAUCCAAUUCUUGGAAGAGUGUUUCCCCUGAUGAUUUGUUUCCACAUCCAGUUAUGUUCGAACAUUAUGAGAUAACAACGUUGGCUAACUAUGCUCUACACUGGGUCGUUCGAAGCGAUGAUGGCAGGAAUGCAAUAGCGGCCCUUGACCUUAGAAGCGACAAGUAUCAUCUUGUGCCUUGGCCUCAAUCCGAUGAUGAUGAUGAUUUUAACCUGAAGAGAACUUGUUGGGCACUAGGGGUCGUGGAUGGUUGUUUUAGCUUCACCUGCGCACCCAAAUCCAUACUGAGAAGCGGUUUUGAUUUGUGGAUAAUGAAGGAUUAUGGCGUAAGAGAUUCGUGGACAAAAUUGAAGUUUGACGUUGAAUAUAUAAAUUUAUGGCCAUUGUUCGUAGGCGGUUAUACAUAUGGGGAGAGCAGAACUGCAGGUAGGAAGUUUUUCUUUGGAACUGAAACUGAGUUUGUAUGGUGUAGCGUCUCGGUUGAAGAAGGGAGUCUGAACAACCCUAUUGUUGUCUAUACAAAUUAUUGUGGUAUGCGUUCUGUUCAUGGAGCAUAUAUCCAUACUGACACCCUUGUUAGACCUCGGCCUUCUUAUUGCGGUGACAUUAAGAAGAGGAAGAGGAAGCUGUGUGACAUCUCUCAUUAG